UCUAGCCUUUUGGAACGACUCCUUCGUUCGUUCGAGGAUUAGCGCCCAACUAUCAGGUUUAAUAGCAGUUAUCAAUAAUUACUAUAAUAAAUCGACUUUGGAUGGUUAUAUAAACAUGGUUCGACAAAUUUCUUCAGAAAUAAACCGACCGAGUUUGCCGCCACUUUCAAAACUAUACACUACGUUAACAUUAAUAAUAUUACUAAUUGAUUUAGCAUAUUCUUCUGUAACAUGUGGUCCCGAUAUAAAAUCAGUCGGAGGUACGGUCCCAAGUGGUGACAUCAUAUUAGAAUAUGGCAGCGGCGUUCCCUUGGAAAUCACAUGCAUCUUACAAUCCGAUACCAUUAUAGUGCAGAACUUAUUUCGUGAUCGAAUGGAUAGUAAUAAUAAAACCAAAUUUCCAAGUCAUAGGAUCGUGUUUUAUAAGAACGACGAAAUCGUUCCCAGACAAUAUGUGACAAUCGUCAACGCAACAGCGGCUCAGCUUCGCAUCCCAAACCCCCCAGCUGGUCGAAAUACAUAUUAUUGUACACUAUUACUUGAUUAUGAACCGCGACAAAAUGACAGCUAUGAUAAAUCUGAUGGCAAUGACUCGUCUACUAUAUUAUCUAGUGAUUCAUCCACAUUUCCUCCUGUUCAACUUGCAACUACUAGCUCGGUAACGAAUGAGUCUCAUCAACUGGGAUCACAACUUGGGGUGUGUUUGAAUACUGUCUAUGUUGGACAUAAACCGGAAAUCAUAAGAAAUUUUUCAUGUAUUUCUUAUAAUUGGGUUAGUUUGAGGUGCAAUUGGAAUCCAUCAGAGAACGCAAUCAAAACUACUUAUUCAUUAAUAUUCAGAUUACCUGGUCGUGCUGGAGGCAGAAUCUUCAUAAAUUGCCCAACGGAUUCAGAUAUCAGAGAAAACACUUGCUAUUGGGAUUUCAAUACUACGCCCAUGUAUAGACAACCGUACGAGUAUUACGAUUUCAGAUUAAACGGUCAAAAUGUAUUAGGAAAUACAUCAACAUUCAUCAACUUUCAUCAUUAUGCCAAUAUUAUUCCUGCGAGGCCUAUAAAUAUCACCAUUAUCGAUAAAACAGAAUCGAGUGUUAUGUUGAGGUGGUCUGUAGGAGCAAUGACUGACUUUCCACGGGAACUAAUUCAUAAGAUUGAGUAUAAGUCACAGUGGGAUUCCAAUUUUGAACAAUGGCAUUCUAUAAAUAUAAGCGACAAGUGUAAUGCUCCAAUACUCUCCAAUAAAACAAAUACCUUUCUGUAUGAUAUGAAUUGCCAAGAACGUGAUGAUGAUUUUUAUUAUUUUAAUGUCACUAAUCUAAAAUAUCCAUUCACAUAUUACGAUUUUCGCAUAUACGUACGUUCUUCACUUGCCAACGGGGAAGAUAAGUGGUCUCUUCCUGGUUGUAUAACUUUGAAAACAAAAUCUUCAAUACCAAAGAGGCCUCCAACAAUUGAUGUUGGGAGCUUUGAGUGUAUUAGGUCACGAAACGAUAAAACAAAAAGAGACGUGUUCAUUUAUUGGCAAAAAAUUGAUGACAGAGAGAAAUGUGGUGAUUCGUUUGAGUAUCGUGCUUACUAUAAUUUGAACUCAAAAAAAAAUGAAACCAUCAUUUACAGUAGCAAUGAAAUAUAUGAAAGUUAUGCCAAGUUUCAAGGACUCAGUACUUCGGUUGGUUACAACUUUACAGUGUAUUCAUCCAACAACGAAGGUUUGUCGACAGAAUAUUCAACAAUUUACGUACCUAGUGAAUCAGAGAGACUUGAAAAACCAAUAUUACUUACAAAAAUGGUAUUUGAUCAACAAGGUGUUUUUGAACUAUCCUGGAAAAAUUCUGGUUCUACAAAAUUGUCCACUCCUGAUGAACAGAAUUAUUAUACAUUAUUCUGGUGUGAAAAUGUUAAGGGUCAUCCGUACCAGUGUAAUGGCUAUGUAAACUGGACGCACGUCCCUGGUACAGAAUUUCGUCGCAACGUCACUAUAUUAAAUUAUAGUGCUAACAAUCAUUAUCAAUUUGCAAUAAGUGCUAACAGCCGACGUUUACUAAGUAAUGAUACCAAUAGUUAUCAUCAAAACAAUUAUAACAGUAGCGGAAUGGUGUGGGAAUCGUGUACAAUACAAAAUAAUAUAACUGCUAGAAAAAUCGAGAACGUUUGGGUUAAUGUAAUCGGCUCGACAUUUAUUGGUUUGAAGUGGAAUAUUGACUGUACUGACAGGAUUGGUUUGGUUGGUGAAUACCAAAUAUUUUAUUGUUCUGUUGUUUCCAUUAGCAGUAACAUUUGCCAUGGAUCUAUGUUGUCCAAAACAAUCAGCAGAGAGGCGGCUCAAAAAGACGGAGGUUUCACCUUGUUAUCGAAUCUUAAGCCUUAUACAACGUACAUUGUUUCUAUAGCAAUUAGUACAAAUUAUGGAAAAGGAAUACACAGCGAUCCUUUACUAGUUACCACAUUACGUUUAGGAAGAGAUACACAUACACAAUUUGACUUCAAUUAAGAACUUCUACAUUGCUUUGCAUUCAAUUACGAUACGCAACAAUACCGACAUACCUAGAUAGUAAGUAUAGUAUUAGUACUUCGUCUUUAAAACAACUACUGCAAACAAAUAGUGACACCAUUGUAUCUUGUGUAGUUGUAUAAUAUAGUAUGCACUCAUAAAGUUUA